AACUCAUGGAUGUUUAUGUAUGGCCGUAGAUUUGGUCUGGAAAACAACUGUGUGUUGAGAUAKCUAGAGGCAAAUAUGAAUCAAGUAUKUUGAAAGUAGAGUAUGCUUAAGUCAAAAGCCAUAAUGCCUCUCGAUCAAGAGAUGAACGACUUCAAGAAGGACAUUCACAGGCACCCUCCUAUGAGACUGCAAUCAAAAAAACGCAAAGACCACAAAGAUGUMAUGCACGCCAUGGUAGAUGGUUUGUACGACGAGUUGAUGGUGUUGAGCCAAGAAGGUGUUAUCGAUGAGGUAAACGAGCAAGGAURCAGUCCUCUGCAAAUUGCUGCCCGCCACAAUGACGUUCCUUUGAUGAAGAUGCUUGUGAACGCGGGUGCAAAUGUUAACGCUCAAGGGUUUGGUGGCUACACGCCGUUACAUUUUGCAGCAAGAUUUAACAGUGUCGACGCUGCAAAGUUUCUGCUUGAGAAAAACGCUGAUGUUACGAUAAAUUGCAACAGYGAAACAAUUCCUUUACAURUUGCUGCAAGGCUCGGAUUUCUAGAAGUCGUUAAGUUGCUUGURAACAAGGAYAUCAGUACUAUCAAURSUAGGGCGCAGGGYRAUGUGACGCCAAUUUACCUUGCUUGUAAGAACGGAGAUCCUGCUCUUUGCAAAUGGCUGAUUGCAAACGGAGCAGAUAUCACUUAUGUGACUAUCGAGAACAAGACACCUCUGCACAACGCCGCUUUUAAUGGGAAUUACGAUGCUGUAAAAGUAUUGAUUGAAACAGCAUCAAAGAAGCUCUCAAACGUCAAAGACUAUGUAGAUAUCACAGAAUACGAGGGCCGCACUGCUCUUCAUUUUGCCUGUCUCAUGGGCCACGAUAAAAUAGCACAGGAGCUCAUUUCCAAUGGGGCAGACGUACAUGCGCAGACGACGGCAAUGAAAGAGAGUGUUUUACAUCUCGCUGUUUGUGGCGGWAGCGUUGCAAUCUUGGAGACUCUACUAAAGAACGGUGCAAAUAUAGAGAGUGCUGACUGGGAUCAUAGAACUCCGCUGCACAGGGCAGCUGGCUCAAACAACGUUGAGGUGAUAAACUUCCUCUUAGACAAAGGAGCAAAAAUCGWUUCCAUAGACCUCAAAAAGCUGACACCGUUUCUACUGGCAGUGAAGAAAAACAGCACGGAUGCCGCGGCUGUUCUAUUAGAACGAGGAGCAAACAUGAAGGCAGCUGACAUUGACUUAAUGACAUGUUUUCACCUUGCUGUGAGAAACCAGAGCAUUGAAACACUAGAUGUCUUGAUAUCAAAAGAUGACUGUUCUUUGAUACGAAAAACUGAGAUGCAAAUUCAGAACCCCUUGCACUAUGCCGCAGCAAUCGGGGAURUAGAGAUAAUUAAAAAAAUCCUGCCAAAAUCUGAACUUGACGAUGUCGAUGCCAAUGAAAUGACAGCGUUGCAUAUUGCAGCGUUGAACGGUGCAGUUCAUGCAACGGAGCUUCUUGCCAGGGCAUCGCCCAAGAGUAUAGGCAUUCAAGACAGAAAUGGAAGGACUCCUCUUCACUGCGCUGCUGAAAAUGGAUAUAAGAAAACAUGUGGAGUUCUUCUUGAGCUUGGUGCUCACAUAAGCUCACGUGACUACAAGAGACGAAGCCCACUCCAUGCUGCAGUCGAGGCUGGUGCCGUCACCACUGUCAAGCUCCUUCUCUCGCAAAAAGAUUCUCAGCUUCUAUCGAUGCUUGACGAAGAUGAAAACUCGGCAAUUCACUUGGCUUGCGCUAAAGAGCAAGUUGAAAUCGUCAAAGCUUUGCUUGAUAACGAUGAUGAUGUUACUAUUCUCAACAAAAAAGGUCAAACGUGCCUUGAUAUUGCCAUAGAUUGGGAAYUAGAAGACGUGGCUACUGUGCUUGUGAAACACGAAAGAUGGUGGGAGAUAAUGUGUACAAAAAAUAAAGAUGGUUACGGACCAAUGAAACGACUUAUUCAAGUUCUACCAGAUGUUGCAAAGAUAGUCCUAAAUCAGUGCAUAGAUGCCUGUAACCUCCCCUCUCACAACAAAGAUUACUGGGUUGAAUUUAACUUUAAACUUCUUGAUCCUGGUCCUGAUGAUCCUCCYGCUCUCAGGGGGGAGCCUUUUGAUGGACCAACGGUGAUGGUUGAAAAUAAUCAAGAAGAUCURUURAACCACCCCCUGACACAAGCCCUUYUGCGGUACAAGUGGCUAACGUAUGGAAAAGUGAUAUUUUAUUUGAACUUCUCUUUCUUUAUUGUUUUAGCAAUACUCUAUACGUAUUUCAUAAUUUCGGAGAGGGAGAAUGUCAAAAUAUACUACUCCUCGUCAAAAAAUGCAACAAUUGUCCAGAAGAAGCUUCUGGAGACUGCAGAUUCCCGUUCUGUGCUCAGUAUUGCCGGAGCUUUAACUUUUAUGAUCAUAAUUCAAUUCAUAAAAGAGAUUUACCAACUAAUUCUUUUGAAGCUGGAAUACUUUAAAACGUUAAGCAACUAUAUGGAGUUGGUGUUAAACAUAACUGCUCUUCUAUUUCUCCUUCCUUAUUUGGCUGGUGACGUUCUGUACUAUUCGAGUUCUGCACAGUGGAACGCGGGUGUUAUUGCACUGUUCUUGUUUUAUGUGGACUCCUUGUUGUAUAUUCAACGCCUUGGACAAGGAGGAAUAUACGUUAGCAUGUACUUUGAAGUGUGGUAUUCGUUUAUCAAACUGCUUGGUGUAUUUAUUGUUGUUUUGUUUGGAUCAAAUGCUGUUUUCUACGUACUACUUAGAGAGGAGGACAAUUUCAGUACCAUGUGGUUUUCCUUUGUAAAAACCACAGUUAUGAUGGUUGGGGAGUUAGAUUACUCUGAUGUGUUGUCUGAUAAUGUGGUGAACAAGAACAUCAACCCAAAGUCUGGAGUACCGUAUGUUCCACUCCCUGAAAUAACCUACAUUCUCUUUGUAAUCUUCAUGAUUGCUGUCCCAGUCCUUCUCAUGAAUUUGCUGGUUGGUAUUGCUGUUGGUGAUAUAGAAUCAAUUCAAAAAUCAGCGUCAUUUGCCCUUGUAAAAGAUCAAGUCAAGUUCGUAGUAGAUGCGCAGGAUAGAUAUCCCAGAAGGAUCUUACAACUUCUGUAUCGUGAUACUAUCAGAGCACAUCCAAAUCAAAAUAAAUUUCUUACUCGAUUUCUAUUAUCUGGUACCAACGUAAAUGACGAUUCUUACAUCCAAACGCUACUUAAUAUAAAGUCUGUAGUAAACAGUGACAAGACGAAAGAGGAGCAGGAAGAUCCAUUCGAGAGACAAAAAGUCAAACUGCGUGAAUUAGAAGCAAAGCUUGAUCGACAGCACAAGUUAAUGACUGCAAUAGCAGAGAAGAUUGGAGUUGUGCUCACUAAUGAAAACGACACGCAGUUAUGAUGAAAACACGUACUUGUACAGAGAAAAACCGUGAAUGUAUUGGCCAAGAUAGCAAGAUAUAACGUGAACGACUGGGAGAUAUAGAUACAGAGAUAUAUACAGCUGUUUUUCUCCAUUUUAUCGGGGAUAAGUCGAUCAUAUUGCUUUGUAAUUAAGUUUCUUUUUUAAACAGUGUGUAAAUACAGACGACACUUAUGAUCUUCCAAGUUUUUCCCAUUUAAUUAUUAUUUAUUUUUUCUUCAUUGUAAAAAAAGGAUUAUUAAAAAGACGGCAUAGG